UCUUUCCCGCGCCUCCGGCCGGUGGCCACGUGUCUCCGUCCGGCCUGCCAGCGGUCCAUGUGGAGGAGCAAGAUGGCGGCGCGGUGGAGGGGCGAGGACGGGGCGUUAAACGCCGGCGGCAGCGCCUUCCUGACCGGCAACACUCCCGCCGAGUUGGUCCUGUGUGGAGGUGAUGUGGAAGGUGUGGACAUGGACACUCAGUCCUGCGUGGAUCACUCCAUCCUGGCCAUUUUUGAAGACUCCACUGUUGCGUCAGAGGGUAAGAUCGGAGCAGAGGAAAGUGAGACUCUGCUGUCGGCUCUGACUGAGAUGCUGGACAGUGUGGAGGACGACGACCAGACUCUGUCUCCCUUCGACACGCUGCCGGAUACGAAGCUUCUCAACCACACUGAGUUCAGGGACACUUCAGUGGAGCUUUCUCUUGCGCACAGACUCAGACCAAGACUCAAACCAAAUGUGACAUUAAUGAUUAAGAGUGAUGGAGAAAAGGACCAGGAGAGCAAAGAAGAAAAACACAAUAUGUCGCAGAUGUUUAAAAAACCAAGCCAGAUGUUGUUUCAACCAAAAUCUAAAAAGGCCGAGGCCGAAGUGGAGGUUUUCACCUCUACUUCUCUUGUCAGCCUGGUGAGGAUCAUGCACCCCUACUGUCUGAAGCUGCAUGUGGAGGAAGAAGGGGAUAAAGUGGGUCAAAAUCACACCAUAUUCUCCCAGGAAGAGGUGUGGAAGUAUGAAAGACCUACUGAAGAGAGCGAUGAGGAGAUAAAUGUUGUGUCUGAUGAUGAGGCACCUGCGAAACAGACAAAGGAGGAAGACGAAGUAGAUGGGAAAAGAGAUAGCGGCCUGAAGAGCGUGUUGCUGAAUAGAAAGUCGCCGAGAGCUACAGCGUCCAGAGAGAAGAAAAGAGUGAGCUUUGGCUCUGUUCAAGUGGUUUCGUUUGAUGACUCAGUGGAAGAGGAGCUGAAUGAGAAAAGUCUAACAAGUGAACACACAAGUGAAACUGAACCACUGAACAACACAAAAGCACUUCAAAGUCCAGCAGAUUCAGCCCUUGAACCCCGAACAUCCUCAGAAAUGAGUUGUGAUGAAACUGUGGUUCGAACACCUAAAGGUGAGACGAAGGCCAAAUCGCUGAGCCUUCAGCAGUACAGGCAGCUGAGGCAGAAGAGGCUGCCUCUGGUGGAGCAACAGGGGAACUACACCACCAAGUGGCCAUCUGUGUCUGAGCCGCCCAAGGAGCUGACCCCUAUCCUCUGUUUACAGGGGCAGAAACAUCCCAGCUGUAGAUCAAAGACAACACGCCAUUAUCCAGAAAUCCAUAAACCUGAUUACAAGACUUCAUCCCCUUGCUUCCCUCCAAACCCCUCUGAGGCCAAACCAUCCACUCGCACCGGAUUAAAGCGUCCAAGGACCGAAUCAGAAGUCAUCUCACCUGCUAGGCCGCUGCCAGACGUCACAGCAAACCCGAAUAUCAUCGUCCGCGAAAGCAAGAAAAGUCCAGUGAAGAGGCCGACACUGUUUAGUAGCGAUCCACCAAAUCCUGUCCUGCUGCCUCUGCCAGUUCUUCAGAUGGCUUCACCAUCCACUGCCUGCCGUAAAGUGGAGCUCAGCAGCAGAGACUCCAGCCUGCAAGAAAUCCAAAAUGAAUCCUCAGCUGCAUCCCUCUCAGAACCAAAACGCCAAAUGUCAUUACUAAACACAGAUAUAGUCUCGCUGAUUCAAGAAAUUAAGGCCAAGUUUACUGAGACACCUCCAGAUGUUUCCUCUGCAUCUCCAGCAGAAACUCAGUCUGCUCCAGAGUGCAAAAAACCGCAGCCUCAAAAAUGCAGCGCAACGAAAGAGACCGACCUGCCACCAAAGAUUAUUCCGUCAUCAAGUCCAGAUUCAGUGAAACCAACAGAGUGUCCGUCCAGUCAGCCACUUUCUCCUGCAGAUGCUCCUACGCCGUUACAGAAGGAGCUACCAGAUGUUCCCCACAGUGUUCGUCCUCCUGUGGAACCGGCAUCUCCUACAACCUCCUGUAAAGGGCAGAGUGCAACAGUCGACUCAGGAAUCGAAGCUCCUGAUCUGACCAGCCUGCUGGAACAAUUUGAGGAAACACAAGCUAAAGAGGAGAUCAUUUGUGAGACCAAACCUGGAUGCUUCGAUCUCCACAGAACUGAGCCUGUCGUCUCAGAUAAGACUUCCAGACUACAACCAUCCGUGGAACCAGCUGAUUCUUUGAGCGCUUCAGAAACAGCCGUAACACAAAACACCCUCAGGAAUCUGCCAGAUAUCCAAACGUUAGACAUCCCCGAACCCCUCUGCCCUGAAAUCAUCCUGAGCUCUCAGCAAGAGCAGCCUGCAAGAUGGAAAAGCCCUCCAUCCAAGGCCAUUCAGAUAAUCGACCCUCGCCCUCUGCCGCCCAGGAGGACUCACACAGAACCGCCUGCCGCCCAAACCUCUCCUCACAUGUACUCACAUAUUUCCUCUGAUCACGACUAUUGCGUGCCGAUGGAUCAUUCUAAUGCAAGUGCUUCUCAGCGGAGCAAAGUUAAGAAUGUUUCUACAACCACUACUGAACAGCAGGUGGUCAUUCAGGACUCAAAUGCUGCUGUUGAACGCAGAAAGCAAAUCUCAGUGAAGUCAGAGCAAACCAGGAACAGAUCAGAGGAAAAGCCAUCUACAGAAGCAGCUCUGCAGUUUUCAGAAAAAGACGGUGGUUUCAGCGAAAACACAAAACCUCAGUGCACCCUCCCUACACCUCCACCCAGCCCUCCGGUCAGAGGGAGGGACAGGAGGAGAUACCGGAGAAGAUCUCCACGGUCUGACUCCAGCUCCAGCUCCUGCUCCUCACCAUCAUCGUCCUCCUCCAGCUCUGCAUCUCGCUCUCCAAAAAGGCGAAGGCUUCAUCACAAGCGGUCAGAGAGCAGCUCGUGCUCCUCGUCUCCAUCUUACUCCGUCUCCCGCUCCCCUCCUCGGCGCUACAGGUUGUCUUAUUCCAGGUCCAGAUACAGCAGGUCAAGAUCCAGAUCCUGGUCCCAGUCCAGGUCUCCUUCACCGCAGAUGUGUUGCAGGCGCUGGAGAGAUGUUUGCAGCAGCAGAGAGUCCAGGAGUCUCAGGAGGGAACAUGAGAUCAGGAUUCAGAAACUUAAAGCCAUAGAUGAGCGGAGAGUCGUGUACGUCGGCCGAAUCCGUAGAUCCAUGACGCACGAUGAGCUGAGAGAACGUUUCUCUCAGUUCGGAGAGGUGGAAUGUGUGUCGCUUCACUUUAGAGAUCGAGGCGACCACUAUGGCUUCGUUACGUUCUACACCAUGGAAGAUGCAUUUGCUGCCAUCGAUAACGGCGGCAAACUACGGAAGCCGGAUGAGCUGCCAUUUGACAUCUGCUUCGGUGGAAGGAGGCAGUUCUGUAAUUCAGACUACGCUGAUCUGGACGCUAACAGAGAUGCAGAAGCGUCUCCUUCUAAGAGCCGCUUUGAGGACCUUGACUUUGAUUCGCUGCUUAAACAAGCCCAGAGAGGAUUAAAGAGGUAGCAGAGCCUCUGCAGGACCAGAACACCAAGCUGGACGCGUUGGAGAGGAAGAGCUGACCUCAGAGCAACAUGCUCGUUCUCAUGUAGCAGAACGUUUUUAUGUUUUUUCAUGUUUUCACUUUAAUAUACUGGAAAUGCAUGUAGUUUUGAUGUGUACAGUUUAUAUGUACAGCUAUGUAGCACUCUUACAUGCAUGCAGUUUUAGAUGUACAAAGCAAAUUUGUAUAAAUAUGUAGCACUCUGAAUUUGAAAACACAAGAUUUUUGUUGCAUUCCCUAGCACUGAUAACAUUUUUUGUAUUAAAAUAAAGACUGUUUAUUGGA